AAGGCUAUAGCUGUGGAGGAGCAAGGAAGCGUCCAAGGUCACAAAUCAAGCACACGCAACACACACACACACACACACACACACGCACAUGGACGACGGGGCGGCGGAGGCCGAAGCGCUGCGGCUCCGGCUGGCCGCCGUCGCCAGGAAGUGGCUGGAGGACCCGCGCGCGGACUACGCCGGCAAAAUCACCGACGCGGCCAGCCAAAAGGGGCACGCGCUCAACUCGCUGGUGCUGGCCGGCGCACGCAUCUCCCUCUCCGAGCACGGCCGCGUCGUGUGCUCGUUCCACGUGCCGCCGCCGCUCACCGACUCUGACGGGACGUGGCACGCGGGGGCGCUGGCGGCGGCGGUGGACAACAUGUGCUCGGCGGUGGUCUUCACGGUGGUGGGCGCGCCCACGUCCACCGUCCACUACGGCCUGUCCUACUUCUCGCCCGUCGCGUGCAACGAGGAGGUUCAGUUGGACGGGCGGGUGGUGGGCCGGAAAGGGAAGCUCACGGCCGCCGUGGUGCGGGUGCGGAAGAUGGGAUCCGGCGAGCUGGUGGCGAUAGGGAGGCAGUGGAUGACCCCUGCCUGGCCAACGAAGAGCAACAAAAGUAGGAGCAAGCUCUGACACAAGUUAAAAUGUCGUCCGAUCGAUGAUUUCAGAUUUGAGCAUCUCCGUUCAACAUAAUAAAACAAAAGAAAAUCCAUUUUACUAA